AUGCGAAGAAAAGUCGACAUCGUCUUAGCUCAUGGACUACGUCUAGGCCCUGAUAAAUGCAAGCAGAUGUGGAUCUCUUCAAGACCCCGAAAAUUAAUCAAGGUGGACGGACGACCGCUCGAACUCGUCGAUGAGUUCUGUUACCUGGGCUGUAUGCUGAAAAACAGCAGCAGUUACGAGAAAGACAUUCAGAAAAGAUGCGCUAAGGCCACUUCUGCAUGUAACUCCUCUGUCUGUGGUCAAGCCCCAUCAGCAACGCAGUCAAGCUGGUUUGCCACAAUGAAGAGAUGUACCUGCGGAUCACACGCAGGAGACAUCAACAUCUUGCACCGCCAUAGAAAGUGGCUACAGAAACUCGUCUUCGUUUCUUUGGUUAUAUAUCAACGAGACCAGCAGAUCGCGUUCUUCAGCGAGUUCAUCAACGAAUGGAUUGAUUCUGUGCAAGUUCUCGCAGAAGAUCGAGAAUGUUGGGCAGAAAUAUUUUCAAGGAGGCCACGCCUCGGCGAAGAUCUACGUAACCGUAUCAGGCGAUGGUAUCAGCCUGCCGAUUAA